CGCCGAGUCCGCCAUCAUCGUCUGCUGCGGUCCACCAAAUCUUCAUCCACACCAUGACUCCUGCGUCUGCAAGGCCUGUCCUGCCCAUGUCAAUUGUCCAAACCUGAAUUGUUCAUCUCGCCUUUGCCUUGUUUGUUUCUCUGACCUGCCUUGCUGCUUUCCUCCCACCCGUGAAUCUCACGUGGGAGGUCUCGAGCCAGCCGUGCAGCGUCUUGAGGGCCACGGAGGCCUCAGCAUCCCGUACGGUCCCCAUUAUCUGAUCCUCCGCCCGCAACAUGGCCGCGGCCGACGUCACGGCCGAUCCGUGUCUCGACCCUCCGCCUCCGCCCAACCCUACGCUAGACCGCGUGGGCUCCUUGUUUUCCGACCCGGGCUCCGCGAGCAACAUUGACAGCGGCUUCUACGUGCUCGGCUCGAUCAGUAGGCUCUGCAAUGAAGUCGACGACAUCACGCUUGAGAGUGGCAGCUCCCGCACUGUCGCCGGCAGCGACAGUCCCCAGCUGGCGCCCCUGCAGCGGGUUGCCACCGCGUACGACCGCGAGACGCCCGUCUUCUCGUGGGAUUCGCGCACGUCGACCAUGGUGGACGACUGCGUCUCGCUGGAGGACAUGCUGCGAAAGCGACGGAACCCAGGCUCGUCCCUGGCGCCGCAGUCGAGCUCUGAUCCGUCGGACGACGAGAGGAGCGAGGCCCCGAGCGUUGGCCAGUUCCGUCCAGACAUCCCCUUGAUCCAGUGUCCCGUCCAAGGCUGCGAGAGGGUCUUCAAAUGGAAGAAGAAUCUGCACCACCAUAUCAGAGACAAGCACCCUACCGACGCCGCCGGCCUCUCUGUCAUGCGCAUCCAGCCCGCCCACGUAGGCGCAGCACACAACGGCUUUCGACUGCAGAAUAUUGCCAUUGCGCCGCCUCCUAACUCCGUGCCCAUACCACCCAAUGGAGACCCUAGCUUGAGGUGUCCGGAGUGUCACAAGAUCUUCUCCCGCAAAGGUGACCUGGUACAUCACAAGCGAUAUCACACGCGCAGCAACGAACGGCCGUACAAGUGUGAGCAAUGUGGCCAGGGCUUCAUACACCUCAAGGAUCUUGCCCGACAUAUGCCCCGACAUACCGGCCAGCGGUCUUUUCAAUGUCCUUUUCCGACAUGUCACAAGAACUAUACGCGUAAAGACAAUCUAAACAGACACAUGAGGCACGAUCAUGGAGGUCUAGGCGCCUCGGAUGAGGUCUGGUCUGGUGUCGACAACGCGCCUCACAUCGCACAGCCCUCACCCAUUGCUAUACCCAUGCCCGUGGAACAACCUGGGUCGCAACAGAUGCAGUAUGAGCCGCAGGUAGACCACGCUGUCCCGGUUUCUUCGCAUCUCACCGCGAUCGCCGCGGCUGCCACAAAUCACACCUUGCUUCAGGAAGACAAUAUGCAGCAUCAACAGCCGCUACGCUUCGACUUUGCGGAGUCGAGUAUGCAUCUACUACAGCACGACCCUACGAGCACAACGCUCCUUGAGCCGAAGAUGGAGUCCUCUUCAUCGGAGGCAAGCAUGAACGGUCAGCCCAGCCAAUCCGCUUUCCGCGAGACUACUCCAUCGCUAGGAAAGCGGCCUGCUGAUGACCUCGAGCGACUGGCGACAGGAAUUAAGCCCAAGCGAAAACCAAAGGAGAAGUGGGCGCAUCGUCUUGGUUGCCCGUUUAGAAAGUGUCGGAGUGACGUGUUCACCACCGAAAACGGCUUUCGCGUGUGCGAAACAACACCCCACGAAUUUAUUAUACGUCUUAUCGAGCACAUGAAACGAAAUCAUGACCUUUACGUUUGUGGUGAGUGCUUCCUGGGCUUCAAAACGCCAGACACACUCAACAGCCACAAAUCGACAAGCCAUCACUGCGGCAAAUGCUACAUGUCCUUUCCUAGUAAGGAAGCAUUCGUGGAGCAUGCCCAGUCUUGUAUGGCUGUCGAUGCAGCAACUCAGGAGGACAUAUGGCAGAUUCUGUACGAGACACUCUGCGGGGACGGAGUCCGUCACAACCCCUCCUUCGAUGAAGAGGACGGCCAUGUCGCCGGGCCGAUUCAAGCCAACAAUCGCGUUCGCAUGCAGCUGCUUGCACAGACAGUGUUGGCCCCGGGCCAAGUCCCAUCGCUUGCGCGCCAAUUGGGUGGACCUCCGCUGGAGACGGGAAACGGGGUGGCGCCUCCGGUUCGACGAGCUGAAUACCGCCAACAGUUCGCACCGGUAGGCGCCACCACUUCACCAGCGGCACCAGAUCGUGCCUCAAGCCCACCAGGAUUACGGAGAGAAGCGCAGUUGUUGCGUGAGAACCAGGCCCAGAGAGACACCAUCCAAGAGCUUCGUGGUCUGCUUGCUAUGGAGACACAGACCAGAUUUGCGGCAGAAGUCAGGGUAGAUGCCUAUUCAAGAUCCUUGCGUGCGCGUGACUUUGUCCACGACGCCGUAAGACGUUUUUUGAUGUCCAUGAGACGACCAAAUCUAGAUCUAGCCAAGCCCUUACGCUACGGUUCUGGCUUGGUCGAAGAACUUCCCGAGCUGUGCGAUGCUAUGGAUGAUGAUGAUGUGGUAGCUCUGGUGCCUUCUAGGACACCUUUCAGGAUCACAGACGUCGACCCACCGUCCAAAUCCAACAUUUCACACGUUCUGCCCAUAAGCCUUCUGCAAGCUUCCGCCUGCGAGCUCCUUGAGUGUCCCUCUCUAACCUCAGAUCAGACGGCAGAAUCUGUACAAGAAUUCACUCUGCCUCCAGACAUAGGGCGAUCCUUCUCGGAAGCAUUGCUCGACAUGCACAAAAAUGAAAUCAGCUUCACGUGGAGUCAGCAACCAUGGGAUUGUCAGCUCUGCGGUGCGGAGUUGCAGGAUGCAUGUGAUGUCUUCUGCAAAAACUGUGCUCUAGCGGCAAAGCCGUAGAGGCUUGUAUUUGACAAAGUUUUCGUCUACGGUUCUGCUAGAUUGUCAUGCGUUUAUGCAUUGCGUCCAUUUUCUACCCUGUUUGGCGGGUUAUUUUUGCUGCUGUAGUUUUAGCGAUUAGAUACUCCCCCACCCCUGUGUGUUAGCUACGCCAGCUAGCUGCCCAUGAUUUACAUAGUUCGGAUUUGAAACGGCAUUUCAAUGAUCACAUCUUUUAC